AUGCUAGACGACGUCCACCAAGACCUGCCCAGGCAUACGAACGACACCAACACCUACACGCUCGGCAACAUCCAGCGCCACAAUGUCGUCGUUGCAUGUUUGCCGACGGCCCAGUACGGAACGAACAACGCGGCGAACGUGCUGACCCACCUCAUCCGAACGUUCCCAUCGAUCCGCCUUGGUUUGAUGGUGGGAAUCGGAGGUGGAGUGCCGAGCAGGGUCGAUAUGCGUUUGGGCGACGUCGUUGUCGGGACGAAGGUGAUGCAGUACGAUCUAGGGAAGAUUAUCGGAGACGGACAGACUCAGCGCACUGCGAUCCCGAAGAGCCCGCAUCACCUACUCGGCACGGCCGUGUCGUCCCUACAAGCAAGGCAUGAGCGCGACGGUAGCCGAAUCCCACUUAUAUUAGAAAGGAAGUUCGACGGACACUCCAAGUACGGCCGCCCAAUCACGGUUGACCGCCUCUUUUCCUCGACGUACGAUCAUACGUCUUCAGCACCUAGCUGCGAUGAAUGCGACGGUUCGAAGCUGGUACCUCGAAGCAGGCGGAGCAUGGAUAACCCGAUAAUACAUUACGGCACGAUCGCCUCAGGCAACCAAGUCAUGGGGAACGGCACCCAGCGAGACAACAUGGCUCAGCAACUGGACGCCAUCUGUUUCGAGAUGGAGGCUGCCGGUCUUAUGGAUAUUCUCCCCUGCCUACCGAUCCGGGGGAUAUGCGACUACUCCGAUUCUCACAAGAACAAGGAAUGGCAGAGAUAUGCCGCAGCCACCGCGGCUGCGUAUGCGAGGGAGUUGCUAGGGGUGCUCCCCGUCGCUGAAGUGCAAACGAAGGCCGCUCCAGCGCCGAAUCCUCUUCAGGCUUCCUUCCAAGUCGACUUUAGCCUACAAGGCGUGCCCGUAUCAGACAAGUUUGUCGAUAGACCAGCCGACAGGGCUGCGCUCGAGCAGUGUCUUUUGCCACAGCAACCCCCUACCGAACGACGGAAGGUAUGCGUUUUGCAUGGGCUCGGCGGCAUCGGCAAGACACAACUAGCUAUCGACUUUGCCCGUCGCCAUAAGGCCGCCUUUAGUGCAAUAUUCUGGCUAGAUGGGCGGUCGGAGGAUCAAUUGAGGCAGAGCUUCGCCAGAUGCCUUGGCAGAAUCCCUGAAUUUCGGUCCGCUAGCCGCAAAGACUUGAACCUUAACAGCAAGGAGGGUCUCGAUGUUGCGGUGAUGAAAGUGAUUGGGUGGCUCGCUAGACCGAGCAAUACUCAAUGGCUGCUGAUUUUUGACAAUGUCGAUCAAGAUCAGCAGCAAGGUGGUGCAACGGGGACAUCAGAGCAGGGCCAUUCUACAGACGUGAUUGGCGCCCAGAUUACGACACCCUUCUAG